GAGGAGCUGGCCCGCAGAGACCGCGAGAGGGCAGAGGCGGCGGCGAGGCGCGACGAGGAGCGGCGCGAGUGGCGGCGGCAGUCCGAGGAGCGGCCCGCUGCCUUCGCCUCGCAGGCCACUCUGCAGCGGGCCGCGGCGGAGGAGACGCUGAGGCAGAACCUCGCGCAGCUGGAGGCCCGGUUGCAGACGGCGCUGGAGGAGCUCAUGGCCGAGCGGGAGGUGGCCUCCCGAGCGCAGGGGGUGGUGCAGCAGCAGCUCGCCGACCUGCGCCAGGUGCACGCGGGCGAGUUGGCCCGACUUCGCUCGGACCAUGCGCAGGCGGAGGGCGCGCUCGAGCACGCCAACGCGAGGGAGAAGCGCGAGGGGAUCGCAGCUGCUGCCCUGAAGGCGGAGCACGAGCGCGCCACGGCCGAGGUCGGCCAGCUGACCUCGGAGCUCACCCAGCAGGCGCUCUGGCACUCCAGGGCCAUGGAGCGGCACGGCCUCGAGGUGGACCGGCUCCGCGGGGAGCUGCAGCGCGGCUGCGAGGAGGUCAGCAGCCUCCGCGCCCAGGCGGACGGGGCCGAGCUCCGCGCCCAGGAGCACGCCGAGGAGCGGUUGCGGGCGGCGCGCCUGGAGCUCCUGCAGGAGCAGGCGAACGCGGAGCUGCGUUGCCAGCAGGCCGUCGAGUCCCUGCGGCAGGCCCACGCAGAGGAGCUGAGCGGCCACGAGCUGGAGCAGCGCAACCUGAGGAUCGCCGGGGAGCUCCGCGAGGCAACCGAGGAGCAGCAGCGCCUGCGGGCGCGGUGCACCGCCGAGGAGGAGGCCGCGAGGCGGCGCCUCGCGGCGCUGGCGUCGGAGCUCCGGGCCUCCGAGCAGGAGUGCUUGCACGAGCGGGAACUGGUGUACAAGAGCGAGUACGCUCUCAACGAGGUGCGGAGCGCCCAUGCGGACGAGCUGGCGCGCGUGGCGGAGGACCUCGGGCGGGAGGGCACCGAGAGCGCCGAGGCGCUGCUCGAGAGGGACACGGAGAUCCGCAGGCUGCGCUCCAGCGCCGAGGAGCACGCCCGCACCGUCGCGGCCUGGGAGCGCAGGCUCGCGGAGGCCGACCGCGACCACUCCGCGAGCCUCGAGUACGCCGCGCGGGUGCAGAUGGACGCGGACCUCGCCGCCAAGUCGCUGCAGGAGUGCCGCCACGAGCUGGCCGCGGAGCAGAAGGGCGUUCAGGGCCUCCAGGCACGGGCCCGCGCCGCCGCAGCGGAGCUCGACCGCGUCCGUGCGUCGGCGGCCGCCGCGGAGCUGGCGGCGGAGGCCAGGCGGUCGCAGGCGCUGCAGGUGCAGGUGGAGCACCGAGAACAGCAGGAGGUGGAGGCGAAGGCGGCCGUGGCGGAGGCGGCGGGGCUGAGGUACGAGUACGAGGAGGCGCAGGCGGAGCUGCUCGUCUCGGAGCGCACCUGGUGCGGCGUGGUGCGCAGCCUGGAGGCGCAGGUCGCCGCCCUCAGCAACAGAGGCUGACGAGCACGCCGUGCGCGCGCUGCGGCGCCCGCCUGAGCGCCCGCCCGCUCAUCUCUGCAACGGCCUCCUGGGGGCGUCCAGGGUGCAAGAGCUACACGUGGCCGCCUGGGCGAGUUGCUCUUCCCGGGGAAGCCUGUGUCGGAUAUUGGAACCUAUGCAUUGGCCCGUGCCGAUCGGCAAAACAAUGAAUUAAACAACGAUGGUUCAAUUCGCUGCACGCGAGAAUUCGGCACCGCCGCGCUCGACGCACACUUCCGGCCGGGCGGCGCGCGUCCAGGAGCCGCUGGGCGAUCGCGCGCGGGCCUCGCGAGGCGAA